ACAGUUUUGGCCUGAUUUUCUAUUUAACACUUUGUUAGAAAUGAAAAUAGUUUUUUAUCUGUAAAUUUAACAAAACUGUAAUAACCAGCAAGAUAACAGUAACGCGGUUCAGAAAAUACAGUUUAAAAUGACCAGCCACUUUCUUCUUGAGCAGUUGCUUUGUUCAGACUGAUUUUGUAGCAUCACUGUUCUUGAGCCCAGAACCAUGGCCGACCUCGGAGGAGCGGCGCCGACCAACGGAACCAACGUGACCGAGCCCUGCGACCUGGCCAACACCUCGGCCCGCUUCUUCUUCGUGGUCAUCUACAGCCUGGUGUUUCUGGUGGGUCUGGUGCUGAACGGCUUCACCUUGAGGUUUUACUUCUGCGGAUCUCAGCAGCAGUCGGCCGGCUGCGUCACCAUCUACCUGAAGAACCUGGCGGCCGCCGACUUCCUGCUCAGCCUCUGCCUGCCCGUCAAAGUCGCGUACUACGCCUCCGACUCCAUCCACAUCCGCCUGGUUUACUGCAACUUCGGCGCCUCUGCCUUCUACCUCAACAUGUACGCCAGCAUCCUGUUCAUGGGCUACAUUGCUGCCAACAGGUAUCUGAAGAUCGUCCAUCCUUUGGGGACUCACGUCCUGCAGACGGUGCGAGCUGCCCACAUCGUCUCCAUGGUGACCUGGGGCUGCCUCCUGGCCAUGACAAGCAUCUACGUCCUGGUGUCGCUGCUCACGCAGCAGGCCCCGGACUCCAUCACCAACAUUUCGAGGUGCGACAUCCUGCACAGCCCGCAGCUCAGCCUGCUCUACAGGAUCAUCCACGCCUGCUCCGCCGCCAUCUUCCUGCUCGUCCUCGUCUCCCUCGUCUUCUUCUACCGCAGCAUCUCCCGCCGGCUGUCGCAGGCGCAGGAGAGGCAGCCGGCGUCCUCCGGCUCCAAGAAGCUCGCCAAGUCCCGCCGCAACAUGCUGGUGCUGGUGAGCGUGUUCUGCGUGUGCUUCGUGCCGUACCACCUGGUCCGCCUGCCCUACGCCUUCCGGACCAGUUGGUGGUGUUCGUGGAACCAGGUGUUCUACCACCUGAAGGAGCUCAGCAUCAUGGUGUCGGUGCUCAACGUGUGCCUGGACCCGCUCAUCUACUUCAUCUUCUGCAAGGCCUUCAGGUCGCAGCUGAGCUUCAGGAGGGUGUUCAGCAUCACGCCGGCCGCCAUGAACGCCGCCGGCACCGAGCGGAGGAGCAGCGACGGGCGGACGAGCGGCGCCAGGGUCCACAGCACAACCUCGAAGCAGAUGGACGUCCUGUUGCUGAACUCCAGCAGCAAAUAUGGGCAACACCUGACACCUGCUGGUCAGAAUCCAACUGACAGAACGUUUCAGAGACUUCAGGCUUCAAAAGAGUAGCAGAAAAAAAAUAAAAAUACAAGAACAGCAGACUGUAGCAUUUAAAAACUGUGAAAGUAACAGCAAACAUUUGUGCCAUAAAAACACUUUUGAGUUGAUUUAAAGAUGGUAAAACUGUGUUUUAUGGUCAGACGCUGUGAAAGAUUAAAUCACAGAUGAUUGACGUACAGAUGGACAGUUUGGGAGUUUACUUUUUAUUUUGUUGUGAUUUUUACUGAUUUUCUGUAAUUUACCAAAUGUGGGUAAAAUCUGUAAAAAGCUGAUUAUUAACAUUGUCAAAGAACAAUUUGUAAAAACACA